AUGGGUAGCAGUCAAGCGGCGGUUUCAUUCCUUACCAACAUAGCACGCGCAGCCUUCAGCCUCGGUGUUGGCGCCACCGUCCUCAAUUCAUCACUCUACACCGUCGACGGCGGCCAACGCGCUGUCCUGUUCGAUCGAUUUCGCGGUGUGAUCGAUGAUACUGUCGGCGAAGGUACUCAUUUCCUGAUUCCAUGGCUCCAGAAACCGUUCAUCUUCGAUAUUCGUACUCGCCCCCACCACUUCUCCUCCGUUUCCGGCACGAAGGAUCUCCAGAUGGUCAAUCUCACCCUCCGAGUCCUCUCUCGACCUGAAGUUAAUCGCCUCCCGGACAUUUUCAAAACCCUAGGUCUCGAGUAUGAUGAGAAAGUUCUCCCUUCCAUCGGAAAUGAAGUGCUUAAAGCUGUUGUUGCGCAGUUUAAUGCGGAUCAGUUGCUCACCGAGCGUCCCCACGUGUCGGCCCUAGUUCGCGAAAGUCUGAUUCGCAGGGCCAAGGAUUUCAAUAUUGUUUUGGAUGAUGUGGCCAUUACUCACUUGUCGUAUGGGGCGGAGUUCUCCAGGGCGGUGGAGCAGAAGCAGGUGGCUCAGCAGGAGGCGGAAAGCUGCUGGAAUGGGCUUGAUCGAGCUGAGAAGGAUUGA